CUAUUUUUAUUUGAGUGGAAAGAAAUCUUACAGCAAUAUAGCUAUGGAAAACUAUUCAGAUUUGUCUAAAUAUACCUCAUUAAAGUUAUAUUACAUAUGUUUUAGGUUCUAAAGUAUCGACUUUAAAAUAUCCUUUAAUAUUCCAUUACUCGGACAACUGACUUAAUAUUUACACUCCCUGAACUGAUUGUUGUGUGAAUAUUCCCUGAGGCACUUUUAGGUCAAGUAAUUACGAACAACAUGUUGCAAGUUAUUGCUGCUCUACGCUGAAUUAGUCACCACAAAACUCUUGUUGGCAAUGGUAUUAAUUCUUGUGCUUUUCCGAUUAAGUCGCGCAGUUGGUCUAUGCAACUUUCGAUAUGUGCCGGAAACAGGACGUUUCAAACGGGGCAAAGGACCUAUGCAGAUCUACUAUAUUCUACUGCACGUCAUCUAUGUGCUGUUAGCGCCAUGUUGCUUAAUCAUGUUGCUGCACAGUCAAUAUGAAUGCGAAAAGCUGAACAUGUUGGCUGCGGCUUACAAUAUCGUCUCGAUAGCCAAAGGCGUCUCCACACUCAUGCUAAUCUGCGGCUUCUGGGUAUUCAACACACAAUGGCUGCACACGAUAAACGGAUUCAUGCUGUUCCAGCAGAUAUAUCAAAGACAGCUUAUGCAUUCCAGGUUCAUGUCCUGGUGGAAAAUUGUGAUGACUUUUUCUCGAUUUGUGUUGCUGUUCAAACAACUAUUUGGACAAACCAGCGUAUUCUGGUGUGACAAAUUUGAUGGGUGGAGAGCACAAUUCGAUCCCUUGUAUGUUGUGCUAUCGUUGGCAAUAUUUCACAUGGAACUUGUACUAAUUUUUGCAAGCUAUUGGAUGUAUUUUCUGAUCACUCUUAGCAAUCGAGUUAUCGGCUGUAUGUCACUGGAGAUCCAGAAACUACGCCAGGAUUUUAACUGGUUGUCCCACCGACAAGGCAAUCAUCGGAAUAUUUAUGAAAAGCAACUCUAUUUUAACUGGCAUAAACUGUGGAGUCGUUGCAUGCAGCUUGAUAGGUUGACCCAAUAUUUGCUGCAUUUCGGCCAAUGGCAGAUACUUCUUAACUUGUUCUCCUGCUAUUUGUCCGAGAUUACGAUUAUAUUCAAUAUUGUUAUUUAUUCCACGGAAUCCGAUAAUUUUCAUUUGGCCCGUUUGAUGGCUUACGUGUUGCUCGGAAUAUUAUUCCACUCGGAUUUUAUGAGCUACUUUGCCAUUUUUGGAAUAAAUCGAUUGCAGUGGUCCCAUCUCUUGGCGAGCAUGGAAGAACUCUGGUUCACUCUUGGAGCCUCGGACUUCGAUCCGAUUACAGAUAAUUACUACAUUGCAUUGCAUCGUCAGAUUUCCCUUGCCAUCAUCGUCAUCAAUCGAAGGCAACAUCGACGACAAGAUCGAGUGCGUCGACUUCAAAUUGCAGGAUUAUUUGAUAUGAACCCUGGAACUGGAUACAGAAUGACCAUUAAUAUUGUAAUGAAUGUCGUCGUCCUUUGGCAGAUAGCCUAUAAAUACUACUAUUGA